AUGGCAUUCAAGGUUAUCCUCUCCGUUGUCCUGGUGGCGCUGAUCGCCUGCGUCCAGGCGAAGCCCGGCGGUCCGGCGGCCUAUUCGAUCAGCGCCCCCAGCGUCGACCACGCAUCCGUGGGCAGCACCCAGGAGCACACGGUGAAGGGCCACUACGGCCAAUCCUCCCAGUCGGACUACGCCAGCCAGGUCCAGACCGCCCACUCGCAGUCGCAUGUCCAGCGGUCCAGCAUCAGCAAUGACGCCGGACUGGCGCCCGUCGCCGCCCACGGCUACGCAGCUGCUCCGGCCCACGCCAUCGCUGCGCCGGCCUACUCCUUGGGCUACGCUGGGCACACGGCUCCCGCCCAGAUUCAGGGCGUGGCCUACGGCGGACACUAUGCGGCCAGCGCUCCGGCCGUGCAGAUCUCCGGACUGGGGCACUCGCUGGGACUGGGACACUCGCUGGGACUGGGUCACUCGCUGGGACUGGGCGGAUACGGUGGCUACGGAUACGGAGGCUAUGGCUCCUAUAGUGCCGCUCCGGCCAUCUCGCACGGAUAUCUGGCCCAUGCCCCAGUCGCCGCCGCUCCAGUUGUGAAGUACGCCGCUGCUCCAUCGUACGCUCCCGGAAUCAUUGGACACGGCAUUGGACUUGCCGCCCCCGCCUAUGCUGCCCCCGCCUACGCUGCUCCUGCAUACGCUACGCAUCUGGCCGGGCCCGUGGUGAAGGCCGCCGUCGCCGCACCCGCCCUCGUCCACACAUCGGUCUCCGGCCAUGGUAUUCACUAUGGCUACUAGAGGAUCCGCCGCCCAUCGUCAUCGCCACCGCCACCGCCUCCGCCUCCGCACCGCCUCCACCCGC